AUGUCGAAGGCCAAGAAAAAGGGCUUCAUUAAACAUCUCAAGAACAUCUUCUGUUGCUUCUGCAGUGUUUCAGAUGAUGAGGUUUAUGAGCCAAGCAGCUGUGUUCAGAGCUCUGCAGCAAGCCAUGAGACGAGCCCAGUGGCUAGUCAUGAGAAGACCGAGGUGGCAAGUCUUGAGGCGAGGCCAGUGGCUAACAAUGAGAUGGGCCUGGAGACAAGCCGCGAGGUGGACACAGUGGAUAACCGUGAGAUGAGCCUGGUAGCUAGCCAUGAGAUAGGCCCAGAGGCAAGCUGCAAGUUGGACCCAGUGGAUAACUAUGAGAUGAGCCCGGUGGCUAGCCAUGAGAAGACUGAGGUGGCAAGUCAUGAGGCAAGCCUGGUAGAUAAACAUGAGAUGGGCCUAGAAGCAAGCCACAAGGUGGACCCAGAAGAUAAUUGUGAGAUUAGCUUCGUGGCUAGCAAUGAGAUGAGCCUGGUGGCUAGCCUUGAGACGAGCCCGGUGCCUAGCCAAGAGGCAAGUCAGAUGGGUAGCUAUGGGCCCAACCCAAUAGCGGACAGCGGUUCAAACCGGGUGGCAGACCAUGGGCCAAGCCCGGUGGUAGAUCGGGAGCCGAGCCAAGAUGAAGGGGACAAAGCGAGUCCAAUGGCAAGCCACCAAGAUAUUCGUGCUGCUAGCAACAAGGCUGCUGAAUGGAAGGGAUGCCAGGUUACAAGCCACCAGGGCAGUCCAGGUUGCGGGAGUGCUCAGUCUGCUGGUCAAGGGCGAGGCGAGGCAGCAAAUUGCGGGUUAGGCCAGGCAGCCGCUCAAGUGAGGAGACCAAGACGCCGGGGUGGCCAAGCUGCCCGAAGGAGGGGCAGCCAGCAUACCGCUCAUGGGAGGAUGCCGGAUGACAGACAGAAGGACGCCAUUCCAUCGACAGCGUCUGCCAUCAUCAGGCCCACCUCCCAGAAGCUAGCUGCCCAUCCUGUGCCAGAAAAGAUUGCCGUGGAAGAUAACAACGAUAAUGGAGCUCCACGACUCGCGCCAGAAUCGGGGGAAAACCUGAGCCUCACGUGGCAGUGGAACGCAUGCGAGGGUGCUGGCCUUGACAACAUGGGGAACACCUGUUUCCUCAAUGCCACCCUGCAGUGCCUCACUUACACCGCACCACUGGCAAACUACCUGAUCUCCAGGCACCACUCAGGAAGAUGUACAUAUAAUGGAUUUUGCAUGAUGUGCAUAAUGGAAAGGCACACCAUUGCAACAUUCAGCUCCAAGGGCAAGGUCAUCAAGCCCUUGGAAAUCGUCCAAAACCUCAAACGGAUCGCCAAACACCUGCAGUUUGGCAAACAGGAGGACGUGCAUGAGUUCUUCUGCUACAUCGUAGAAGCUCUGCAUCUCUCCUGCCCAAUCAACCACCACAAGCCAGAAGAACAUGUGGAGAAGACCUCGGUGAUUCACCAGAUCUUCACAGGGCAGCUAAAAUCGACAGGUGUGUGCCAGCUCCAUGUGCAAAAUCAUCGCUGCAAGUAG